AUGAUCGCGCAAAUCGCCAAAGACAAUCCCGCGGCCAGCUGUCCCCGAGCCGAAGCGGCGCUGUAUCCGGACUCGCCCGCGUCCUCGGCGCCGGAGCACGGGCAGCUCUUCCUCCGCAGGCCCACGCAAACCAGCACGGGCAGCGCCAACCCGGAGGGAGGCAGCACGCAGCCGCUGGUCCCCUCCGCGACCGCCGCCGCCGUCAGUUCGGCCGCCUCGCGCACCAUGACGUCGUCGGGCGAGUUCGCGCCCUCCGCUGCGCCUUUCUUCGUGCCGAGCUCGCGCAGGAACCUGCUGUACAAGGUGUUGUGCUUCGUGGUGCUCGCCGUGCAGGGCGCCGCGCUCGACUUCUACCUCAUCGCCUUCACCGACCUGUACUGGUGCUCGUGGAUCGCCACGGACCUGGUGGUGCUGUCCGGCUGGGCCAUCUUCUUCGCCAAAAACAGCCGCAGCAAGCGCGAGCGCGCCUGCGGCUUCCGCCAGAAGGGCUCGCUCUUCGGCUGCCGCCUGGGCGAGUUUGCCUUCGCUUACCUGGCCUGGCUCAUCUACGUGAUCGCGUGCGCGCCCAAGGUCGUGCUCAUCCUGGAGACGUCCAUCCUGGAGCUGAUCGCGGUGCGCGUGCCGCUCGGGGUCACGGGCUUCGAGCUGGCCGUGCUGCUCGCCGCGCCGCUGCUCUUCUGCCUCAUCAACUCGGUGGCGGAGGACCCGAACGGUGCCACGCGCCACCACUCGCGCGGCUGCUUCACGGCCACGUGCAUGGACGUGCUGGACAGCUUCGCGCUCGUGGAGGCGCUCGUCAAGGGCGAGUUGCCCGCCGACGCGCGCUACGUGAAGCACGCGGUGGUGGCUGCGCACGUGGUGGCGCUGGCCAUGCCCGUCGUGUGGCUCUACGAGCUGACGGCGUCGCGCGCGCGCUGCCGCUGGGCGUGGGCGCGCUUCCUGACCGGCGCAUUGGUCAACGCGCCGCUGCUGGCCAUCCGGUGCGUGCUCGUGCUGAUGUACCGCGCGCCUGUGUCGCUCUUCCUCUUCAAGAACGCCUUCUUCCUCUGCUGCGCGUGCCUCGACCUGGUCGAACAGUGCGUGAACGCGCGCAGCGCGCGGCGGCUGGCGGGCAACGCGGCCCAGGUCUCGCACUGCGUCUCGGAGAACGACAUGGGCCCACACGGCUACGUCAACACGUUGGCGGUCAGCACGCAGCCGUAG